AGUUUGAUCCGUUUUAUUGUUGAUCGAUUCUAUCUCUCUUUUCUCCGAUUCUGUCUCUCUCUUGGUCGAUUCUGUCUCUCUCUUUCUUCAAUAAAGGAUCUUCCUGGGCUCGAACCUGAUCCAUUCGAAGGUUCUCAGUGGGAUGGUUUAGGGUUCUUCGUUCAGUACUUGUGGGCUUUUGGAAUCGUUUUUGCGUUAAUCUCCAGUGGAAUUGCGGCGGGGACGUAUAACGAAGGUGCGACGGAUUUCAAGGAGACGCCAGUUUAUAAGGAGGCGAUGGAGUCUCGUGACCUUCUUGAUGAGGCAGAGGUAGAGGGUUUAAACUCCGAAGAUGUUUUUGAGUCUAAUCCAACUGAAGUGGCGCCUACCAUAUUUGAAGUUGAUCAUGAGCUUCUUGUGUUCGUAAUUUUACAGAAUCAAAGCGAAAAGCCAUUAUUUUACAGGUUGAUUGUAGCUAAGCCUUGGUUAGCUGAAUCUUAAACUUGUCUGAAGCUUGACAUGAAUUGCUUCUUCUUUUUUUUGCAUCACAUGCGCUCCAUUAAAGUUGGUUUAACCUUGACGACGAAUCAUCUGGAACCUCUUCGAUAAUCUCUACUCCAAAAAUAUAUUACUGCUCGGAAUAUGUUCGACAAAAUGCCUGAGAGAAACGUUUACUCGUGGAACGCUGUGAUCUCGGCCAUUGUAAAGUUAGAAGUGCAUUUUCUGAAU